GCUUCCGCUUCAUGGCGCAUACAGUCUACGCGUAGCGUUGACAAUUUCUUAAAUCGCCGAUAUUUCCACGACUUCCACCCGUACGGUGAUAUUUAUGGUGUGGAUUUUGAGUGUUCAGUUUAUAAAUCGUGCGUGGCACGUUAUUUUUGCAAACUUUUCUAUAUUCAGUGAUAUUUUUGUGUUAUUUUCACUGCACGUGGUGCGGUACACUUAGUGUCAUUAGUUUUCACGAUAUGGCCGACUCGGCAAAAGACUCGAAAUCCGAGAAAAAAGGACACGAAAAUACUAAAAAUAAAUCUAGUUCCUCUAAGGGUAAAGCGCCUUUGAAAAAAGUACCCGAUGAUGGAAAUAACAGUGUUCCCGAUGAUUUUUCAACUCGGAAAAAUCUACAAGAAAAUGCAAUUCUUGAAUGUCUUAAAUCUAUUCAGUCUUCUCAGACUGCCUUGGUGAAACGCAUUGAUGAUAUCGAAAAAUCUUUCGAUUACAGUGAGGAUUAUGAUUUUGACCAAGAUUUAGACUUUCGUGACAGUGGUAAUGCACCACCUGCUAAAAGAUUUCGGACGGAGUCCGACCAUGAUUCACAGACAUCAGCUUGUGGCAAUGAUUUAAAUAGCACAUCAGUCAGCAGAUUUUCUAGCCUUGUUAACAAAUUCCAACUAACUGAAACAACCAGCUCGGAUGUUGACUCUGUGUUGGCAGAUAAUGUUUUUGAAUUGUUCAGAAAAGGCAUGAGUGAGGAACAUUUUGAUAAAAUGACAAAAGACGAGAGCUCAGCUCGGCCUUCAAAUUGUGAAGCACUUAGUGAAGUAAGACUAAAUAAGUUAAUUUGGGACGUAGUUUCAAGUAGAGCCCGAACAAACGACAAAAAACUUCAAAACAUUGAAAAAUCUAUUGUAAAAGCUGGUGUUUUCCUCACCAAGACCAUGGAUAGAGCUGCAAAAUUUGAGAAAGUUCUGACUGAAAAUGAUAUGACUGAUGGUGAUAUGACUGGCUUAAUAGAAGGCUGCAAUGAUGCACUAGCUUUGAUUGGCCAUGCCAAUUACCAAGUCAAUAUGGCACGAAGGGACUUUUUAAGACCUGAACUUCGAGCAGAAUAUACCCACUUGUGCUCUCAUUCGCUGUCCUUCACAUCAGAGCUCUUUGGCGAUGACGUUUCAAAGACUGCCAAAGAAAUUGAAGAUUGCAACAAAAUGGGCAAUAGAAUGCACCAGAGUCAGUUUGUAAGAGGCAGAUACAGAGGACGUGGCCAGUUUAGAGGCCAGUUUCGUGGUGGUCGUCGACCAGCCUAUGGUUAUGGUAGAGGUCAACCCAGAUUUGGCCAAUCAGUCGAGCCAAAAAACUUGGUUCGCAGAGGAGCAAGGAAAUAAACACCAAUCAGUGUAAUCGGCCGCUGCGUUUGGAAGAUCCAACAAGACCAGGCUCAAGCAAUAAUAAUUGUACCACUAUGGACAACCCAAUCGUGGUUCCCUGUUGUUAUGAAAAUGCUGACAGACAGACCAAGAGUAAUUCCCAAAAGCAAAACUCUACUGAAAAUGCCACAUUCAGACCAAAUUCAUCCUCUGUGGAGAAAAAUGAAUAUGAUAGCUUGUCGUGUAUCAGGAACUCCUUCCGAAGCAGAGGUCUUUCUAGCAAGGCAACCUCUAUACUCCUUGCAUCAUGGCGACAGUCAACUAGAAAAGGAUACAAAUCAUACAUUAACAAGUGGCUUCUUUUCUGUAGUCAACAAAAGGUUAGUGAAACAUCUCCCUCUGUGAAUGACAUAAUUGAAUUCUUGACGUAUCUAUAUGAUAAGGGUCUAGGAUAUAGUGCCCUUAAUACAGCCAGGUCAACUUUAUCUGCAUUGGGAAUCAGCAUAGAGUCAUUUUCUGCCGGUCAGCAUCCUUUG